UGCAGAUUCCAAGUUUUGAACUAGGGUGCAGAUUUACAACUUAGAAUAAAAAUAUAAAAAUUAAAGGCUUCUUUUCAAGAUCAUAUAAUUGAAGCCCCAUGUGAAAAGUAUAUCAUUGAUAGAUUCAAGGCAUAUCAUGCAAACCAUAACCACCCUAAAUAAAUUGUAGCCAACUAAUCAAUUUAUUAGUAUAAAAUAACAGUUCUGUAUUAAUUGUUCAAAGUCAACAAAGGGCAAAGUUUCAAUUCAUCAACAAGUUAGAUGUUGCAGCUGACUUGUUUAGAUUGGAUCAUCUUUUGAGUGUGAAUAGAUCAGAAAAAAUGGCCUACAAUCUUCAACCCCUCAUCACCAUCUUACAACAACUCUUGAAUCCUGAACAAACACGUUGGAUUGUUGAUCACAACAAACCACAACUCCAAUCCCUCCUCCAAAAAUCUGCUUCUCUUAAGCAAAUUCUUGAAAACUCUCCACUCCCAAAAGCAGAAACUAGUUUGGAGAGUGAAAUCCGUGAAGCAGCACAUGAAGCAGAAGAUAUGAUUGAAUCUCAUAUGGUGGAGCAAAUGCUUUCGAAGCCAGGUGAUGUGAGCUUAGCUUUCCUCACACCAGAUCUACAGCAAGUGAUGCAAAAACUUGAUUCCGUAAUGGAACAAGGGGUAGCGUCGCAGGAACUUGUUUUCGGAGUUGAAGAAGUGCUGCAGCUACUGCCUGAUAACACUUCAUCGGGUGGCGCUUCUCCAUUUCAAGAUCCGAGUUGGAAGAGCAUUGUGGUGGGAGUUGAUGAAGACUUGAUGCUGUUGAAGGAUCGGCUGAUUGGGACGCAUUGCAAGCUGGAGAUCGUGCCCAUCGUUGGAAUGGGCGGAAUUGGUAAAACCACUCUUGCUCGAAAGCUUUAUCAAGAUCCACUCAUUGUUGAGGUCUUUAGCUCUCUUGCUUGGGUCACAAUCUCACAAGAUUACGAUAUGAAAGCAAUUCUAUUAGGCCUUCUUCGUUGCAUAAUUGGAAAAGAAGUUGAUCAACUUAUUGAGAAGAAAAUUAAUGCACUAAAAGAUAUUUUGUAUCAGAGCUUGUUUGGUAGAAAAUACUUUAUUGUAUUAGAUGAUAUAUGGAGCAACAUAUUCUGGGACGAGAUAAGAAAAUACUUCCCAGACAACAACAAUGGGAGCCGAAUUGUGAUAACCACUAGGGAAUCUGUCGUGGCGAAAGAUAUCAACUCACAGAGCAAACAACACGAGAUGCAAUUGCUUAGCAAGUCGGAAAGUUGGAAUCUACUUCGCCAAGAGGUGUUUAAAGAAGAGGAGGAUUGCCCUGCUGCAUUGGAAAGGAUCGGAAGGAGCAUUGCAAGCAACUGUGGAGGGCUUCCUCUUGCCAUCCAUGUCGUCGGAGGGCUCUUGUCCAAGGCAAACAGGACACAAGAUUUUUGGGAGAACGUUGCGAAUGAUGUGAGUGCUGCAGUAGCUCAAUCGGGCGAGCAGUUCUCUAAUAUACUGUCUUUGAGUUAUAACCACUUGCCGAGUCACUUGAGGCCAUGUUUUCUCUACAUGGGAGCUUUUCCCGAAGAUUAUGAGAUUAAGCCCUCGAGACUCAUAAGGCUAUGGGUAGCUGAGGGAUUUCUGAGAUCAAAUGGAGAUAAAAGCUUGGAAGAGGAGGCUGAAGAUUGUUUGACUGCUCUUGUUGCCAGAAAUCUUGUUUCUGUUAGAGCAGUCAAGUCUACUGGCAGACCGAAGAGAUGUUAG